UCUCUCUCAGGCUCUAGCGCAGCCAGUCUUGGUUUGGACCGGGUCCGGUGUGGAGUUCUGUCCCCGGCGACACGUCGCAUCUAACCGAAUAGAGCUCCUUUGUCUCUGGCAUUUUAUACGUGAACAUUUUCCUUUCGUCCCUUUUUAAAUACAGCCUUCAUCGACAAGAACUGAAGUGUGUCUAUUGUGUAAAGUUGUAUAUCAGGCGAAAUUUGAACCAAUACGUUCAUUCAUUGCGCUGGAGACGUAAAACGCGUUGACCUGCGGACCGUCGUUUUGAAGCUUGACUUAGAAACCAGUGGACUGCUGGAUACGUGGUUCGUUUGUUCUUUCAACACUGUCAGACUGGACCUGCUCAGCCAUUUUUUUGGCAACAACUACCUGAUAAUUACCUGAGGCUGUUUCUUCACAGAGAGCCGCCUGUUUUAUUGUCUGCUGCUUGUGUGGAGAAAUGUGGCGCGGAUUCUCACUGCUGAUUUUAUGCUGUGCUGUAAGUGGUCUUGAGGCGAAUAAAAGCGAUGACCCCUCGCUUCAGAAGAUGCUGUCGACCGAAGCAGCAGAGCUGGCCUCUCCGGACAAGGAUGCUCCCUCCGCGACCGAAGUGGAGAGCAGUCUGCGGGGAGGGGAGCAGCAUUCCGCCGGGAGAGACGCUCCCGUUGUGGGAGCGGAGGGGAGAGCUCAGCAGCCCACCGCUGAGCCUCUGGAAGAUGAGCUGGAUAACCAAGAGAAUAUCAUUAGCCAGUUGCUGGGCGAUUACGACAAAGUAAAGACUGUGUCCUCAGGGUCCGACUGUGUGUGUCGCUGUAUUGUUCGACCAAUCAAACGCUCUGACUGCAGCGACCUGGCAUCACCAUCCCGGGAUUUUUACACCGUGGAGACGGUUACCAAAGGAACAGACUGCAGGAAGUGUGUGUGCAUGGCUCCGCCUUCAGCCGUCAACCCCUGUGAAGGGGAGUACAGGUUUAAAAAACUACAUGACGCCAGCAAAGAUGACAUCAAGCUGGCGACUAUUAUUGACUUGUUGGAGGGCUCUCUGUACGGAAUGGACUUGUUAAAGCUCCACUCUGUCACCACCAAGCUGCUGACCAGGGUGGACAACGUGGAGAAGGCUUUUGCCCGUAAUUUUACUGAGAAAGCAAGAGAGAAAGAACGUGUGAAGGAAAGAGCAAAAGAGAAAGAGAAGAAGGCUCAGCAGAAAAAAAAGAAAGUGAAUGAUUUGGAGCGUGCAGGACAGAAAAGUGGAGCAGCUGCCUACGGCAACAAACAGAAGAAUCCUGAAGGUCCGCUGAAGAAGAACGAACAGCAUGAUGGUCUUGAACAACAACCACCAACCAGGAAUAAGACAGGAACUCAAAAGCCAAUCAAAGACCAGACAGAGCCAAAGCAGCCAAUCAAAGACAAGAACAGCAUGGUCAUCAGGGGUGUGACCUUCUACAAGGCAGAGGAGAGCUACAAAGAGGAGGAUGAGGAAGAGAAAGGAAAACAUACAACUCUAACUACAAAUGUAUCGGUGGACUUACUGAUCUCUAACCCGCUCCCACCUACCAGGACCAUCCCCACCAAGCGUCCAGGACCUACAACCACUGGUAGCACCCAACCAGACUUCCAGGACCCAUCAAGGAGACUGAGCAGGCCAGCGCCCACCCAGCAACCAACAGCUCCCCCAACUACCACCCAACAAACCACAACUCCAACAAAACCAGUUCCCACCACCAUCAAACCAACGACUAAAUUAACUACAAAAUCAACAACAACCAAACUGACAACUACUUCCCAACAAACUACAGCUACUACACAGCCUACCCGGCACGCCAAUCAGGAUACCACCUCACGCUCAGAUACUAAUAUAAAUCCACCCACUGAUGCGUCUCCCACAGCAGAGUCUCGGCCAGGACCCAAAAGUCGACUCAGCUGGACGGAGAACCCCGCUGACCAACCAAAGACCACAAAAAAACCUGCAGUGUGUAAGGACACAUUAGCCAGUAUCUCUGAACCGGUUCAGCAGAACUCUUACGGCCUUAGUGACGGAACCUGGAUGAGAGAUGCUCGCGGCCAUGGCAACGUCAUCUACCUUACUAAUGGUCACUAUGGCAACAACCUCCUAGAGUUCCGAGACAUGGACACCUUCAAAUCAGGUCAGGCAAGUAAUUCAUACAAGCUGCCCUACAGUUUCACUGGAACAGGCCACGUCGUGUUUAAUGGAGCGUUCUACUACAACCGUGCCUUCAGCAGGGACGUCAUCAGAUAUGACCUGAGACACAGAUAUGUAGCUGCCUGGACCACACUACAUGAUGCUUUACUGGAGGAGCAAGUUCAUAGGACACAAACUGAAGUGGAGUUUGCUGUUGAUGAGUCUGGCUUGUGGCUGCUCUACCCCGCUGUGGACACAGAGGGUUUCCACCAGGAAGUAAUCCUGCUCAUCCACCUGCGCUCCCGAGACCUGCAGCCAAUACAGACCUUCCGCACAGGUCUUCGCCGCGGUCGUUACGGAAACAGCUUCCUGGUGUGCGGCGUGCUUUAUGCAGUGAACAGUAUGGAGGAUCGCUACGCUAAUGUGACGUACGCCUUUGACACACACACGCUCACACACACUGUGCCGAGUCUGGCGUUCACGAACAUGCACGCACACACCUCUCAGCUGGCUUACUGCCCACUAGUAAAGAAACUGUACGCAUGGGACAAUGGACAUCAGAUGACGUAUGAUGUCGUCUUCGCUUAUUAGAACAAUCAACGGACACAUACAGUAGUUGGAAGAUUGAACAACAAUUUAGCAUCUCCAGCAAACUAAGCUGAGGACAGAGGAAAUAAGAUAAUAACUGAACAGAUAUUUGAUCAAUGUUUUGUAUCUGAAUGACUGUGGAUCCAUCUAACUGAAUGUGUUGACCUCAGCUGCUGCUUUGUCACACACACAAAAGUCAGUAUCAAGCAGCAACAUAUUCACAUUUAAGAGAAAACAAAAAAAAAGGGUUAUAUGAAGGAAUAUAAAUACAUGUAUUCACAUAUUUCUUUCCAAAGAUUCCUCUGAAUUAAAAACUAUGUAUAUCUUUCCAUCUGCAUAUUCAGAUUGUGAUUUAGAAAUCACUGUGGACAACGUAUUCUCAUGAACGGUUUCGUACGAUAUUGUGCGAAAAUGUAUGCACAUCAAUUUGUAUGAUAUCCUACGAAAUUAGGCGACCACCUGCUGGUCAUAUCGCGAUGGCUACAGAGCUCCAUCAGCUGUCGCUCCUAUCAGUGACGGUUGAGUUUAGCUGACAAAAGGUUACUGUGAGCCAGUUACAGGGCUCUGAGAGAUGAGAUGUCCUUUCAGGGGCCGUGACGGUUGAGUUUAGCAUACAAAAAGUGAGCGACGUUUAGUUUAGGCACCAAAAAAGUUUAGGAAAAAGAUCGUGGUUUGGAUUUAAAUACUCCGGAGGAACGAUCAGGCGUUUCCUCGGUGGAAGUCUUUUGUUUUCGCCGGGAAGUGAACUCUGCUACCUGGCUUCAAAGCACUGUGUUUUAUGACCCACCCAUCCACCCUGACCUCCUCCCUACGUGGUCAAAAGCAUUCUUACACAGCAGCACACACAUUAUGUGGUGCAUAAAAUAGUUGGAAUACGUAAAAGUUAAUGCUUGACAAGGUGUCCAUUGUCAGGAAUUAAUGGACAACGGAGGAGGCAUGAAUCAUCCGACGCGCGGGGCCUACUAAAAUGGCCUGCUGUAGGUCCUUCCUGCAGAUCAUGGUAUAAAUACGAAUUACAGUGCAUUACUUAUCGUAACUAUAUGUACAAAUGGUUCAUGAGACCAGCCUGCUAAUGGCUCUAAAAAUGCUAAUAAUUAUCCUGUUAAUCCCAUUCUUCAAGAACAUGCGGUUGCAGCAAUUCAGUUUUUGGGAAAUAACACACUUUCUCACAUCAUGUUUAUUUUUCAUAAAUGAUGAUCACUGUGGAGGAGCGUUCUCCAUACAGUCUGUACACACUUUAAUUUCACAUAGAAAAACACAAUGCUCACUGAAGCCUUCUGCCUCUAAACACAGAUCAGCCUUUGAUUUCUGUUAUGACCUUCCAUAAGUUCAGUGCUUAUAGGAGUUCUUAGUUCUCAGCUGCAGCUUUAAGGCUACAGGGUAUGAGCCUGUGUUGAUUUGUUUACCUUUUUGUUUAGUUGAAAAAAUCUUAACUCCACUAACUAGCUUGUUUAUAACUUCUAUGCUGGGUCGGGUUGCCGCUAGGACAGGUCGGGUGAAAAGAUGUCAUUGAUUGCAUUGUGGGAUUUGUAGGAUCAAGUGUUUUGGGGACAAAAAGUUAAAAUAUCUUGGACUCUUCUCCAUCAAUUUUGACAAUAUUUUAAAUCUGUCUCUUGUGAAUCACCUAACUUUAUGGCAGUGCAACAGUUAAGUGUGGAGUUUCCCUUUCAAGGGGCUGUACCCGAAAUACUGGAAAAAAAAACAGCGGGCUGGGAUUGCCUCCACACGACAAUUCCCCAAUACAUGAAAUAACUAUGUUUUUUUUUUUCACAGCCACAUGCACUAACAUGCACGUAAUGAUACGAAACCUCAGAUCACAACACACAGAGGGAGUGUGACUUCAUUCUCUGCUCAGGUCACCAUUACUCCACUAUAUCUUUACAUAGAAAAUAGUUGUUUACUGCUAUAUUAACGUGCUGAGUGUUCCCUUUAAGACCGCCAUGAAAGAACUCUGAACUCAUUUUGCUGUUGUGUUAAGUAAAUUCAUUAAUCAUGUAUUCACAACAUGUGCCAUAAAGGCUUAUGCCACGAAAAACAUCAUAUGGUUCAUAUGUUCAAUAAGCUACUGUAAUAGUGCCAAGUCAGAAACAGAUUGUCAGGUAAAACCAGAUUUGACCAAUCAUGUGACUUUUUACCUUUGCAUAUUGACCAUGUAAUCAUUUGCCAAUGAGCUAUAAGAGACACAUUUUUACGUGCCCUGAUGAAAGCCUUAAAGGCUGAAACGAGCAUAUUUUAAUGAUUUAGCCAAGAAGAUAUUAAAGCCUUUUAAACUUUACCCUCUUGAGUGCCUCAGUUUCCUUCAACCUUUUAAAACUAGUAGGAUCCCCUAACUGAAGAGCACCAGAGGAACACUCCCUACACACCCGAGCAGCACUCCAUGCAGACCGCAGUGUGACUAAAAUCAGACUAUCUAAUGACUAAAGACCAGAGUGUAAAAACUGACUCUGAUAAUGUGUUAAGAUACAGAUACUUCAUACUGUAAGUGCCUUUAUUUUCAGUAUGUAAUGAAGCAGUAGCCUUUUUUUAUAUGGUCAAAGUCUAUAAUGUGUUUUUUUUUUUUUUUUUUUUUGGUAUGUCUGCUUAGCGUGUUGCAUAUUAACCUAAACUCCAGUCCAGUAAUGUUCUUAUCAUAAGGUUUUAUUACAGGUGGGAACAGGAAAGGAAGCUCUAACCCUGGUACCGUUGGUGCUUCAUCUGCCAUUGAAGUUCAUUCAUCUAAAACCUUUUUCAAACUAGCACAUGCUCCACACUGCUUUGCUUGUUGAAGAAAAUCCCAAGACAAGGUUGAUUUUAACUGCUUUACCUUUUUGUUUUGUUAAUUUAUAAUAAAAUAUUUCAAAAAGA